AUGCGCGCAGUCUUCGCUCUGUUUGGCCUCGUUGCCGCUGCUUUCGCCAGCAAGACCGUCACCUACACCUCCACUGUUGACGUUACUGUCACCAGCUGCGAGGCUGCUCCCACUGACUGCGGUGAGUGGGAGGAGACCAGCGUUCCCGUUGAGGCAACCUCCACUGCUACCUACUGGAGCGAUGCCCCCGUUGCGCCGACCAGCACUCCCGUCGCUGCCUCAACCUGGGUCGAUGUCUCUGCUGCGCCCUCGAAGCCAGUUGCAAGCUACACCAAGUCCGCUCCAGUUGCUGACUACACUGGCGGUGCCGCUACCCUGACCGGUGCCGGCGUUGCUGGUUUCGUCGCUGUUGCGGCUCUCCUUCUGUAA